GCCAUAAACUAAAGAGUGCGUGCAGUCAAAAAAAUCGUAGCAAUAGCAUAAUAUUUUUAGAUGUAGAAAAUAAAGGUGUCAUUUUGAUAAUCGGAAUAUAUUGAAUCGUGCACCAAAGGUUAGAAUAGUGCGAUCUAAUAUGCAGAACAACCCCCAAGAGCUUUCAUGGCAGGCGAUUCAGGCUAUUGUGGGAGUUAAGCUACCUUCAAAUGUGCUACGAUUCGACGAUAUUGGAUUCCACUUAGUGAAUAAUUCAGUCUCAAGUGCUGAAGAUUCUGAUUCAGAUGUGGAAAUAGUUGAGAACGACUGGGAGUCUGAUAACAAUGUAUCGUCUCGACCUGAGCACUCGGACAAUGAGAAGACAUCGCCGGACCGGGAGCAGAGUGAGUCGCCUGUUCUACAUCUCGUAGAACCUGACAAUAAUAAUAUUGGUAAAGACUCAAAACUGUACAGAGAAUUUCUAGAGAAAAUGGAUGCCAAAGAUAUUUCAGACAAGGAACAAAUUUCUCAGACACAAAUUGACGAUGCUGAUAGUUCGAAUGGCAAUAUGAUGUCGAUUGAAAACUACUUGGAAGUCACUUUGUCCACCGAGUCUGAGACUAGUCACACUUGCAGUCAAUGCAAUCAAAUAUUUUCUAGUGAGCAAUCCCUUUCUUCCCACCACUGCAGUGCCAAACCUACAGAUGAGAAGAAGUAUCCUUGUCAUGUUUGCUCAGAGAAAUUUCCCAGCUACUGGGAGCUACGGAAGCAUAUGAAUAAUCAUUUCCCAGGCAUGUUGGACUCUAAGUCAAGUUUCUGUCACCUGUGCCAAAAGGAUUACACGAAGACAGGCUUCAUGAAUCAUCUGCGCAAACACACUGGUGAGAGACCCUUUGUAUGUGAGCUUUGUCACAAAGCCUUUUCACAGUCCAGCUCACUGUCUAUCCACAUGAAGUUCCACUUGAAUGUCCGCAAACAUGCUUGCACAGUAUGUGAGAAGAAGUUUGUGACCAAAAGUGAACUGUCACGUCAUAUGACUGUGCACACAAAGCAAAAGUCUUAUUAUUGUGGUGUGUGUGAUAAAGCCUUUACUCGCUCUGACAAUAUGAAGAAACAUGAAAAAACACAUGGAUAACUUGGAAUUUAAUGUGAAAUACAUCAUUUGCAACUACAUAUUUACAAUUCAGAUAUCAUAUACACUCAAGAAAUACAUACUUUUUAGCUUUUGAUGCAUUUCACAUAAUUAUAUCAGAUUCUCUAAUUGCCAAAAAAAUAGGUUUACUUUUUAGUUUAAUUAGAAUUUUGCAUUGUUUUAUACCAAAUUUUGAAAACACAUGAUCUAGUUCAUAAUUUAGUCAUUAUGGUGUGUUUAUGUGAGUGCUUCUACACUCAUUGUGUGCUGUAUUUGCUUAUUGAGUUAGGAUUUUAUUUAUGCUAUGUAUAAUGCAUGUUUGGGGUAGUAGUAGUUUAAUAGGUAAAUGCCUUCACAGGUGCUCUACAUUAAAGUCACACAUAUCUCAACCCAAAGUUGCCUUUUAGAUAUGAUAAGUGAUAUUGUAAUGUGGAUAUAGGUCAAAUAUCCAAAGUCUCCUAUCACUGCUGUUUGUAAUAUUUACUCUAGAUAAAAAACGCCUAUUACUCAUUUGAGGCCUUUGCAACCUAUUUUUAUAUCAGUAAUUCUUGUUCCUGCUUCACAAGAAAGCUUUAAAUAAAUUAUUGAUAUUUUUGCACACUUUACUGUGGUAUUAUAGUACCAUUUGUAAAACAAUCUAUGCCAAAUUUUAGAAUAAGCGUUUCAAGUGAUUCUUAUUGUACUGUGUUGUAACCAAAGCAAUAAUAUUGUUAAUUGUGCCUAUUUUUUAAAAGUAUGUGUACCAAAUAAUAUGUUUAGAUUAGAAACUUGUUGUAAAAGUUCUUAAUGCCUAUUAGGUGAGCGUAUUUAAAAGUAAACUCUAUAUACAGAUAACUGCUCUAGUAUUGACUAGGUCACCUUACAUUUUCUCUUUUUCAUAUUUAUUAAAGAGACAUGCCAUUUCGAACAAUAUUGUUAAUCAAUUGCAUACUUUAUUAAGAUAAUGCACAAAAAUAUAUUUUUAAAACCUAGUGAAAUCAUCACAAAUAUACUUUAGCAAACUAUGCUGUUCAGUACUGUUAAAUGUAGGUAAAAUAUUGCCUUAUUAUUCGAACCAAAUAUUUUGUAGUAAAACCCAAAGAUAUUUAUAAAAUUGGCUUGUAUACCAAAGUUAUUAAUAUAUUUAUCAUUCUAUUUUUCGAUUGUGCCACUUUUCAAUUUUAAAUAAGAACUGGUUGUAUCAUAUUAACCUUUAGAUUUUCUUAUGUUUAAUUUAUAGGUAUAGACAAUAAUCAUAUUUUAAUAUAUUUAUUGUAAUAUUUAAUUAAUUAGAUGUUUAACUGCAUGACUUGUUUAUAGAAUUAAGGGUUUAAUAAUGAGCCAAAUAAGAGAAAAAUAUACACAAAAAUCUACAAGACUGACAAUAAUAUUCAGAGUAGAUAAUAAACCUUGUGCACAAAGUAAAUAUUUUAUUUAAUGUAAUACAUUAAAAUUUUAAACAUUUUACUAUUUGAUUCGGAAUUGCACCUUGUUAUAAACUCAACAUGACAAUUAGAUUUAAGAUCAAUUUGAUAUGGAUUAUAAACAAUUUAUGGAAAUGUAAUAAUUGUCGAUUUUAUUAAAGAGUUGUUUGUUGCA